AGCGGGGGGCUCUAGGAGGGCACUGGGGGACUUUGACAGGUGCUGGGUGGCACUGGGGCAUACUGGGGGGGUCUUGAAGGUACUGGGAAGAUCUGGGAGUACCCAGGGACUCCGAGGGGUACCGGGAGGCUCUCGUGCCCGGUGCCGGUUCCCCGUAUCGGUGCCCGGUGUCCGAUGUCAGUGCCCGGUUCCCGGCUCUCCGGUGCGGCCCCGCCCUGAGCCCCGCCCGCCGCCGCCCCGCCCCGCCGCCGCCGCCGCCGCCCUUUGUCCGCCGCCGCCGCGGGCCUCGCCAUGGCGCCGCGGUGAUGCGCGGCGGGGCCGGCCCGAGGGCAACGGGGCCGAGGGCGACCGGGAGCCCCAUGCGGGGGCCGCCGCCAUGGGGCAGGUCCUGGGCUUCGCCCACUGCAAAGAGGCUCCAUCCACGGCCUCCACCACACCGGACUCCACGGAGGGUGGCAAUGAGGAGCCGGACUUCCCCCAGCUGCAGGCGGCACCGGAGCCCCCCGAGGAGGAAGAGGAGGAUGAGGAUGAAGACGGGGCAACGGUGGCAGGGGAGGGAUCCCGGAGACCCCCCCGGGAACUCACCUUCUCCUACAUUGCCUUUAGGGGAGGGGGUCCUCCCAACGAGCCGGGACCCCGCUGUCGCCGAGACUCCCGUCGGGGACGCCCCCCCCGCCUGAGCUCGGGGCCCCCUGGGGGGUCCCCUCGGGGGCAGGACCCCCGCUUAGCUGCCAAGGCCCCCCCCAAGCGUCCUGAGGAGCCCCCGUCCCCUCCCGAGGAGCAGCUGGAGGUGGGGGGGGGCCUGCCAGAGUUGGGGGGCCCUGAGGCUGAGGAGACCCUGAUGAAUCUGGCAGCGUCCGCGGGCCCUCCCCCGCCUGCAGGGGGCGCCCCCCGCCCGCCCCCCCCCGACCCUCCCCCAAUCCCGGAACCACCGCCGGCGCCCCCCGACCGAUCACCGAGCCCGCUGGGAGCCGAUGUCCUGGUGUGGGAGCUGCUGUACUGGCGGGCGCCAGGGCGGUCGGCGCUGGCGCUGGUGGGGACACUGGGCACCCUGGGGUGCCUGGCACGGUUCAGUGCCAUCAGCGUGGGCGCCUACGGAGCGCUGGCCGUGCUGGGAGUCACCCUGCCCCUGCGCCUGCAUCGUGCUGCCCUGCGGGCGCUGCGCUGGCACCCACCCGAGCACCCCUGCAGGGUGCAGCCGGAGGGGGCUGUAGGGCUGAGCCCCGAGGAGCAGCAGCGCUGGGCCCAGCGCCUGGCCCGGCACCUCACCGCUGCCACCCGCACCCUUGCCCGCCUCUUCCUCGUCCACAGCCUCCCCGAGUCCCUCAAGUUCGCCUUCUUGUUCUACCUGCUGACCUACGUGGGGGCCGUCUGCAACGGGCUGACGCUGCUGGGAGCGGGCGUCAUCUGCGCGUUCACCUUCCCCGUGCUCUACCGGCACCACCAGGCCCAGAUCGACCAGUAUGUGAGUCUGGUGAGGAACCACCUGAGUCUCCUCCGAGCCAGGAUCCAGGCCAAGCUCCCAAGUGCCAAAGUGAAGCCGCAGUGACCCCCACACACCCCCCGAGGUGACAGCUGGGGGGGGUUGCCGGGGUCCCCCCACAUCCCCCCCACCCUGCAUGGGGUGUCACUCGAGGGGGGCAGGGGUUGUGUCAUCCCCCGCCGUGUCCCCCCCUCCAUGCAGGGAGGGCAGACACACUUUAAUAAAAACUCUUGUGACAA